AUUCUCCAAAACUACGGAGAUAUUUUGCAGAAAAACAAAUUUUUCCUGCAAGACAAGGGAAAGUUAAAGACUGCUCUUUCUGGGUUGGUUCGUUGUUUAUCACUGUUACCAUUCAAAAAUAGGAGUGCUGAUGACUUGUCAGAUAAGAAGGAUAUUCCUGUUCAAGUGACAUUGCACGCUUUUGUUCCUGACAUUUCAAGUUACUCCUCUGGGCUUUCUAGUUCUGGUGUUGUGGAGAAAUUGAAGAAUCUCUUACCUGCUCUCGUUAGUUGUUUCCAGGACUUCAGUCCCUUGGUUCAUACCAUGCCCCAAAUGGACACCCAGUCCUAUGAUUGUAUGCUACUUAUACUUCAAAACAUAGAUCUUCUAGUCAGAUUCUUUAUUGAUGAAUCUCCUUACCAUCACACACAUGUCAACAUAUCUGAUCAAAGAAUUUCAUUGCUGGCACUCAAAAAGCUUUGGGAUGAGUUUCCUUUCAAUCCAAUUCAUGACCUCUCAAAGAAGGAAAAUGAUCGUUAUUUCAUGUUGAAUGUUGUAAUUACAGAAAUAUUUUUGAAGAUAAGUCAUUGGGACCACCCUCCCCCUGCAUUGAUGGAGAAAUUCCUUGAGUUCAUUGAAAUUUCACUUUCUGAAAAGAUUUGCCACCACAUGGAGUCUAGUAAGGUGAUUCAUGAAAAGCAAUUGCUUGCAUUGGUGUCAUUCACUCCAGAACUUAUUAUGCGAGUUUCCGGUUUUUGGAAGUCUCGCAUUCUUCAGGCUUUUACUAAGGUUUUCAAGAGUUGCAGCCCGGAGUCUUUGAUGAAAUUAGCUUGCCUUUCUGCAAUUGAAGAAAUGAUGUUCUCUGAACAUGAUUGGCUUUACCUGGAUACAAGUGAUCCAGAACUGCUACAUUAUCAGAUUACUUGGAUAAGGGAGCUUCCUUCUCUGCUAAUUGUUUUAGGUGAUAAACAUCCACUAUCUUCUAAGACAGUGUUGCUUCUUCAACUUCGCAUAGGACAAACGGCCGAGUUUGACUCACCAUUUGCAAAGGAAUAUGAUGAGAUGCAGUACAUACUACAAGGUUUUUAUAGCACAACUUGCAAUGAAGGAGGCGUAAGCUAUGGCCCUUUCAUGACGCUUUCUGGAGAUAUUCAAGAACUUUCCCUCUGCUGCCUAUAUUACUUCUCUAUCUUGGACUCAUCAAUACUUCAGUCAUUGGUUUCAUGUUGCCUGUCUCAUGAACUUGAACCAUGUUUAGUUCUUCGUAUUUUAGAAGUUCUGCACACAGCCUAUAAAGCACGACAUAUCCAGAUUGCAGAUUACAUUAGUUUUCUAAUCACUUUGGUUUCACGUCUCCAUGCUUAUCCUGAGAAUCAUGAGGGGAAAUCAAUUCGUGCAUCCUUUCGGUCGCUUACUAGUGCAGUUUGUUCUUGUUUGUCACAGAUUGGUGAUAACUGUCUUAUUUUCCAGAUGGUGGAGAGAGUAAUUACUGAUCAGAUUUUUCUUAGCCCACCAGUAGAUAACAUGAAUGCUCUUCUAAGGAUACUUACUGCAAUAGACACCGCACCAACAAAACUUUCAGAACCGAGCAUCGACAAACUUGGCCGUGUUCUUCCAAAAUAUUUACUAGAUGUUGCAUCUGAUCUUCCAGGAGAAGUUAAUGAGCAGAAUUCCAGCUCAAGUUUAAAGAGAAGUCAAUAUUAUCUUCUUCCUUGCUUCUUCCUAUUUCAAAGGAGCAACAGGCUAUUAAGUAAAGCGUUGAAAGAGAUGGGAUCAGUAUUGGCUGAAAAUCAUUCGCCCCCACUGUCUUACCAUCACGAAUUUCCACAGAUCAACCAUAAGAGCACUCCUGUGGCAAGCGUGUCCGCUCUCCUGCUUUUGCACAGUGAUAUUAAAAUGAGGCGAGUUCUCUUGUCAUGCAAGCCGGAAAUCGAGAGUAUUCUAGAAUACAUGGUCGCUCUUCUGGCUUCGGAGGGCAAUAACAUGACUAUAGAAGAAAGGCAUGAGGUACAAAGAGCUUGCGAUAGGCUUACAACUGCGACUACUACUCUUCUAGCUUAGUAUUUGGCUUAAUUACACUAUGAGUCGAUCCUUCUACUCCUUUGAUGUAGGGUUUUGCAAUUAAUUAUAAUUAUUUUGGUUAAUUGAUUUAAUUCAGUUAAUUUAAUCUGUAA